CGUCUGCCCCCACGCUGCUCGGCACUUCUGGCUUGCGAGUCGCGGCUCGCGCCCUCCUCCCGAAAUGCCGGCCCCGGGACCCUGUGGCCCCGCAUUGCUGCCGGCUGCGCUGGCGCUGCUCCUCAUGGUCGCGGCGCUCCGGGUCUUCGAGGGCGGCGCGGGGCCGCGGCCCCCCGCAGGGGAGCCAGCCCCAGAGAGGCUGCGGAGGACGCUGGAGGAGCCGCGGGAGGCGGGCCGGGCGUGGGGGCCGCUGCCCCUGGGAGCCUUGUACGCCGUGGGUGUCCUGGCCUUCGUGCUGCGCCGGUGUCUGCAGGAACAAGAUGAGGCCGAAGUUGCCCCGGAGGUGAAGCCCGCCGAGAAGGAGCUUUUGCACAGAGAAGAGCAGCUGGCUCAGCAACUGGCGAAGACGGAGCAACUCCUGGGUGGCCUGCUGGACCAGCUGGACCCUCUGUUUGAGCGUGUGGAAGCCCUGGCUGGAGCCCAGCAGGACCUGCUGACCUUAAGGCUUCAGACCAUCAGCCAGCUGUUAAAGGACAAGGGGCUGGACACCACUGUUGCUUCCCAAGAGUACAUCCCCCCUAUCCAUGAGGACCUGAGUGCUGAGGAAGAUGAUGACAAUGAUCUUCAGACCUGGGGCUGGGGGGAGGAACCUGAGGAGGGAGUAACUGAGGCUUGGGCUUCAAAUGUCUCCUGGGGCCAAUUUGGGGAAAAGGGGAAGGAAUGGGGACUCAGGAGGAGGAAAUGGAUUGAAGGGACACAAGUCACACACUGAGAGAGAUGGUAUAAGAUGCAGCCUCAUGGGUUAAGGGAAUGGUUAACAGUUUUGGAAAACCCCAGUAAGGAAUCAAACUCAGAUUGGAGGAAGGAUCUCUUCCAAGGAGCUGAGAUGUUUUAAUAAAAAACAAAUUUAUUCCACUUAAGUAUACAAAGUGAUCAUCGAAAAUGUGCUCAGUCAAACAUAAAUACAUCUAUCAUACACACAUCAGCCUAUUCUUAAAUAGUGGCCAGCCAAACAUCCUAGGGGUGCUGAGGCUCCAGAGUAGACGUCCUAUAUCUAACACAAAACAGCUGUACGGUGCUCUUCUACCUUGUGUGGCUGCUGUAGAGAAAGAACAAUAAGUGAGCCUCAUCCCCAGUCUAUGAAUGAGAACAUGGGGGUCAGAGAAGGUAGAGUACAUAAAAGGUGACAGGAAAGACAACUCUGUAUAAUGAUAAAUCAAUUGUCACAACAAGGGGAGAUUGGAGGCAUACCUGAUAGCUAUAGUCAGGCUACGGUGCCAACGGGACAGUGCCUCUUGAUCCUCAGACAUGAGCAGCAGCCUUUCAUGAGGAAAAGAAAGCUGUGGGGGGGAAGGGGGGAGAUGUCUUAAGUUCCUUAUCCAGAAAACCCAGUCCUAAAGCUGAAGGCACUGCUCUCUAGGGAAAGGAAAAGUAUAUGCAAUUUAGGGUGGGGAUAGCAACUGGACUUGUGAUACUACUACUGAUAGGGGGAACUUCCAGGUGAGGAAAUUAAAAAUACAGGUCUCUAUCUUCUCUACAAUUUACAGCCUCACAGAGUUGUCUGAAGUAUUGGCAAAUUAUAACGUGGGCUAAACUGUUUUCUGUACUUUUCUAAAACAUUAUAAAGACCAAUACUUAGCUUAGAGCAGCACAAAAACAGACAGCAGUCCACUUGCCAACCCCUGGUCUAGGGUUAAGUGAUUUACCCAGAGUGAUCAAUAUGUUUGUGUCAGGUGGGACUUGAAUCCAUGUCUUAACUGGUUCAAAGGCUAGCUCUCUAUUCACUGAACCACACUGCCUGUCAUUUAUAGAAUGUGGUGGUGGUAGUAAAUAAGAGUUAAGGUCUGAGCUAUGUGGAAAGAGAAAGGCUUCAGUCCUUAACCCCUGGACAAGACUUAAGGGAAGAAUGUAUAUAGUUUUUGAGCUGGAAGAAUCCUCAAGAGGUUGUCCAGUCCAGUCCCCUAAUUUUACAAAUGGGGAAACUGAGGUUCAGAGUUGCUAUGACUUGCUCAAAUUCACACAGUAGCUAGUAGAAGUGGGGCUGAAGCCCAGGUCUCCUGAUUCCUCUGUGUCCCUAUACAAUGUCUAUAAGAUUUUUUUGUUUGUUUUUUGUGGGGGCAGUGAGGGUUAAAUGAUUUGCCUAGGGUCACACAGCUAGUAAGUAUCAAGUGUCUGAGGCAGAAUUCAGGUCCUCCUGAAAUCCAGGGCCAGUGUUUUAUCCACUGUGCCACCAAGCUGCCCCUGAGAAUUUUGGUGUUUUUUUUUUGUUUUGGGGAUUUUUUGUCUGUAAGUUUUUAAAGAAAUUCCUAAAGAUGGAUCUAAACAUGUUACUCAGGGAAGUCUGGGGCCCCAUCUGUCUUUUAGGAAUGUCAGAUUGGCUAGUGUGCCCUCUACAAAUCCAGGCUUGAUUUAUUGUUCUGUUGAUUGUCUAGACUUAAAGUGAUGGAUGUUAAUAAUGAUUAAACUUAAAAUUUUGCCAUGCA